GCCUAUCAACACAAGGCUGGGUGGACCUUUAUGACAAGGAGGUACGGCUUGUUCCGAAUAACCAAAAACCUCAAGACGACCUAUAUAAUUUUCUGAAGCAGUGGACCUUCGCAGAGAGCUGUCGGGGAUGCAUUGACGGUCGUUGCCAUACGCGAACGGGAAUUUUGUUGAUUUAAAAUCCUUACAGACACACCCUAUGACGGUGGUGGAACCGGCUAAACAUCUAGUAGCUAGCGUUAUCGAGCAGAACAACAGCGGAGCUUGCUUAUUUGUCAGUUACUACGUUCUAACGUAAUCAACGAGGCGGAAAAUGUCGGGAGAGCCAGCUGUCCUCACACCGGAAACGGCCACGGAGCCACCGAGUUCAUUCCAUGGGGUUUUAAAGAAGAUAAUGGAAAUGCCUCCGCCGAAUAUUCUGGACGGCGACGACGACACCGACAAGGAAAAGCUGGGUCUGGGAGACAAUUUGGACCUGGUUGGAGGAGAAAGCGAUAUGGGCCCGUCAGCCGCCCUGACUCCCGCUAUUUGGGAGAAAACCAUUCCCUAUGACGGUGAAAACUUUCACCUGGAGUACAUGGACCUUGAGGACUUCCUCGUGGAAAAUGGCAUUGCCACCUUGGCUGACGUGAACCCCCUAAAGGGCAACCCAAAAGGAGACGUUAUCAAGACAGAGAAAAUACAGGCUAUCCCAUCUGCACAAAUGACCCUUGCCAAGUCUGCAAGCAUGUCCCCACUGGCCCUGCUACCCAUUCAGGAACUGGACCAUUGUGAGGAAGAAGUGGUGAUCAUCACCAGUGAUGACUCUGGUAUAAUCUGCGAUGUUACUGCUGAGGUGACCACCGAAGAGGACAGAGCGACCCCCGAGCUUGUCGACCCAGAGGAGAUCGAGGUCGAUGUUAACUACGAGCCAGAUCACACCGACCUGGUCCUGUCCAGUGUGCCUGGAGGCGAGCUGUUUGACCCUCGCAAACACAAGUUCUCUGAAGAUGACCUCAAGCCACAACCUAUGAUAAAGAAGGCCAAGAAGGUGUUUGUGCCUGAAGAACAGAAGGAUGACAAGUACUGGCAGAGGAGGAACAAGAACAACGUGGCUGCCAAACGCUCCCGCGAAGCCCGCAGGUUGAAGGAGAACCAGAUCACCGUCCGAGCAGCUUUCCUCGAGCGCGAGAACAAAGCGCUGCGGACAGAAGUCGCCGAGCUACGGAAGGAGUGCGGGCACCACAAGAACACAGCGAGUCGCUACGAGGCCAAAUUCGGACCUCUGUAAGGCAUAAUAAAAAAAUAAAAAGCCAAACCACGAAAGCAUAAAUGGACAUCCGUAUAGCAGACAGCAAAAUGUCAGUCACUCUGUUUUCACAUGUCAGGUUAGAGAAGCGCUGUUCUUAAAGCAGUCCUGAUUGUUGGUCAUGCAACGAUACCAAACCCACCGCAACGCUGAGAAGAUCGGUGUUUGACUGGUGUGUAAUGGAGGGAGCCAGAGGAGAGAGAGAGUAAUACACUUUUAGACUAGCACAGCCGCGUGGGUUAAAUAUGCAGUCGGUCCACAAAGUGGACCCUCCUCUUGACCAGAACUGGGUCAGACUUCCAGAGCAUCACUAUUAGAAAGGGGGUAGAAGAAAUGGCAUGUAAAUGUUUUAUUUUUUAAAGAAUACAAUUUACCAUCCAUGUGAGUGAGGAGUGUGAGAGGAUAGUGCAUGUCUUUUAUCAAGUGUUCUUUCAUCAUGUUUUGUGUGCCUUUUGGCCAAAAGAGAUCAUUUGGGAGGUUUAUUUGAAAGAAACUGGGAUUUUAUUUUUUAGAUGAUAGAACAAUUGCAAUAGUUUAGACUAGAUUUGUCAUUAUGUUAUUGUGGAAAUUAAGGGAUUUGCAGGUUUCUUCCAGUUCUUUCUGCUUUCAUUGAAUUCUGAAACCCACCGGUCUGAUUUUUUUAUUUUCAAAAUGAUGUUAUUCUGUUAAGAGCUGGGCUUUUCUUUGCCCACAAACACUUUGAACUGUGACACUUCCAAUAAUUUCAGCUUCUUCAGGGGAUUACAGUGACGUAGCAAAAUAAAGCCAUGUUCACUUCUGUC